AUGAUUACUGCUCUCCUUGUCUAUGUAGAUGACAUUGUUCUUGCAGGAAACAAUCUCCUUGAAAUCCAACGUAUCACUAAGCUUCUUAAUGACACAUUCAAAAUCAAGGAUUUAGGUGAUCUCAAAUAUUUCUUGGGCUUUGAAAUAGCUCGAAACAAGUCUGGCAUACAUAUCUCUCAGAGGAAAUAUGUGCUAGAUAUUUUAUCUGAUUGUGGUAUGCUUGCUUCUCGCCCAGUUUCGACACCAAUGGAUUAUUGCACUCGUCUUUCAUCCACUACCGGCACUCCUCUUCAUGAUCCAUCAGCUUAUAGAAGACUUAUUGGAAGACUCAUAUAUCUUACUACUACUCGCCCUGAUAUUACUUAUGUUGUUCACCAUCUUAGUCAAUUUGUUUCUUCUCCUACCACGUCCCAUUCUCAAGCUGCUUUUCGUAUACUUCGCUACUUGAAGCAAGAACCGGGUUUUGGGAUUUUCUUCUCUGCCAAUAGUUCAUCUCAACUCAAAGCUUUUAGUGACUCCGAUUGGGCUGGCUAUCAUGAUUCUCGACGCUCCAUUACCGGUUUUUCUAUUUAUCUUGGUGAUUCUCUCAUAUCUUGGCGUUCCAAGAAGCAACCCACUGUCUCUCGUAGCUCUUCUGAGGCUGAAUACCGUGCCUUGGCUUCCACGACUUGUGAGCUUCAAUGGCUCACUUUUCUUCUUCAAGAUUUUAGAGUCUGCUUCACUCGUCCAGCUCUCCUUUAUUGUGACAAUCAAUCAGCUCUUCAAAUAGCAACAAAUCAAGUUUUCCAUGAACGUACUAAACAUAUAGAGAUUGAUUGUCAUAUUGUUUGUGAAAAGGUCAACUCCGGUUUGAUAAAGCUUCUUCCGGUACCUUCAUCUCUCCAACUUGCGGACAUUUUCACUAAGGCGCUUUCUCCCACUUUGUUUCAAAGUUUUCAUACCAAGCUGGGCAUGUUAAACAUCCAUUCCCAGCUUGAGGGGGGUCUCAACAAUAAUUUCCGUUAG